CUGAUUUCCUUUUGAACAUGGCCACAUGGAAGGAGAGGCACUUCUUGAGUCAGGAUAAACCUAUUUCAUGGCCUGGAUUUUCUCCAAGACCCUACCAUAAACUAGCCACUGAAAGACCACCAUGCACAGAUGCAAAAAUCAAGGUUAGCCAGAAAGUGCGCUGUCCAGUGGAAGAGAGUGCCCGCUGGCAUGUCUGGGGAUACCACACAUGGCUAGAUGUUGGGAGACUGCCGCCAAUCUAUCGCACAAGACCUGACAAGCCUUUUGACAGCCAUACAUGGCGAUGGAUCACUGCUCCCAGGGGAGACGCCAUGGCCGAGCCGCCAGUUCCGCCUCCCUCCUUCUUGGAUGGCAACACCUACAUCAAAUUCAUCCAGGGGGAAGCCUUGUUUGUGAAUCAGCGGCAGAAAGAAAGAGUUCUGACCCAAACAAAGCAAGCAAUGAAGCACUGUGAGCAGCUCAAGCUGAGGAGUGAGUGCCGCGCCCCUCCUCUAGACUCAAAGGGAAACAUCCUGCCUCCCAGACAGUUCAAGCGGUAA